UCGGUGCGGUUAGACGUAUUACUCGAAUUAAAAUUUACCGCUCGACGAUCGUAGCCGGGCGAUGCUAAACAAUGAUAGAAUGUUUGUUCUAUUAUUUUCGUAAAUUACACUGUGUCUAGUGCGGUUUUUGGACGUAUGUGGUUGUGAAAAGGUGGUGGCCGCUCCGGCAAAGCCAUGGGCAAUUCCUGCAGCUCAGGCCAAGCUCAUAAGGACAAGGAUAGUGUCUCCCAGCAUUCCGAAGAGUACAAAUUGUCAACAGCCGAGGACAAAAGACCUAAUUGCUGCGCGCGCAGGUCACCGUCGUAUCGAGUCACGAAGCCGUCAAUCGACGCGAGCGCAGAACAGCCUGCGCUGGAGCUGCUGGAGCCGACGCCCUUGUUCAAAGACAAGAAACCGCAGCUCAAGGGACCGCGACCGCCUGUUGGAUCAAGUGUUUCUGAUUCCAUAUCCCUGUCGUCGCCAGUCGCCUGCGCGUCACCUCGCGAGGAUGUCGUGGGUCCGCCGAUACCGGCCAACGUGGCCGCGUUACCAGAGGAACACCGAUCAUAUCUCCUCGGCAGGUUGCCAGUACAGAGGACGAGGCGUCGUCGAGCAAUGGUCGUGUAUGUUUGUGCGGCGGAUUCACAGGAUUGCUGCGCAGAGAAGGGCGCGUUACACUGCGGUGUAGCGGCUCGGUUGCGCAUGCGCGCUCGUAAACGCGGCUGGCGUGUUCAUGUCGCUGACCUGCACUGGCGGUCACCACUCGAACAGCAACGUGACCACCGCUUCCCUGUGUUAUGUAUAGCGGAACUGGCUCGUCAAACAGAACUAGGCGCGGUUGUGCCCGUUCUGUUUCUGAACGCGAACCUCGGUACGCCGCUGCUCCCCCACACCCUGGAAUUCGCAGACUUCGAAGCCGCAUUGGAAGCUGCCGAAGAUGAGAAUGACAAGACAUUGCUGAACAAAUGGUACAGCCUGGACCUGAGCACGCGGCCGCCGUGCUACCGCUUGGUGCGCGGCGCGCCCGCCCGCUGGCGCCGCGAGAUGGCGCGCACGCUCAGCGUGCUCGUGCGCACGUUGCCGCAGGAGGCCUGCGACGCCUACCUCACUACCGUGCUGGAGCAGGAGGUGCAGCACACGGUGCUGAUGAGCUCGGAGAUGGCUCGUCGCUGCGUGUGGGUCUGUCGCGCGGUGUGCCCCGAACCACCCGAAGCAGAUGCCGACCACCAUCGUGAACUGCAAAGAAGACUCGCCAACCUCCAGAAGGACCUUAAGCUGCACCUGAGCGAGCGCAACAUAAUCCGCGGCAGCGUGCGCGCGCGCGGCGAGCGCGGCGCCGACGAGGAGCACGCGGCCGCCGUGCGCGCCGCGCUCGGCGAGCGCCUCGACGCGCUGUUCGACGCGCUCGUGGCCGACGCCGACUGCCCCGCCGGCUACUGCGGGAUACCUACUAGUUUGUUCGACGAGGUCAGUGAGCAUCUGUCAUUCUGCCAAAAAGUAACCCAGUGCACGUCAAACCGAGAGAUCACCUUGAAUGAACUUAAAACAUAUGUUCGUGGCGAAAGUUCCGUACCGCUUGCUCUGCUCGGUGGCGCGGGUUGUGGAAAAGCAACUCUAUUGGCUCGAGCGGCAACACUCGCGCCAUCAGUGUUGCCAGACGUGGCUCUAGUACUAAGGUUCGUAGGUCUGACGCCGCAGUCAAGCAGUUCUCACCAGCUUCUUAAGUCAAUUGUGGACCAACUUCACGUACUACACUCCGGCACCGUAUAUCGAGGACGUAAUGAGGCGACCACUCUAUCAUCAGCGCUGGCCAGACUCCUUGAAGCGUUGGGCCGUACACGCCCAGUACUCCUCUGUAUAGCGGGGGCAGACGCUCUAAGAGGGGCGCGCUGGCUGCCCUCCCGCCUACCUAAUAAUGUGAAGAUGAUUGUAACUGUUACUGAAGAAAAAGACGAACCAUCAAGCUCUGCAAUCAUGGCAGUUCUCUCAUCCGAAGACGGACCAAAAGUGGUCAGAGCUCCUCCAGUCGGCCCGGAAGAAGCUAAAGCAGUGCUGACCGCCUGCGCCGCCACCUACAGCAAGACGGGCGCCGCUUCACCACCGGAAACUGCGAUAAAAGCUGUACAGAAAUGUACUCUGCCGCUUUAUGCUAAAAUUUUAGCGUGGCAAAUAUCUUUGUCUGCGGAAACAUUUACAGAGCAAACCGAACCGGAGACUACACCCGAGUUGGUCAUUUGCGAAGAUCUCGAAGGUCAGCUGGAGCAGAUCUUAGUCACCACCGAGGGGGCACUCGGUGCCGAGAGAGUUAGGGCAUGUCUCUCCCUCCUGACAGCUUCCCGGCGAGGGCUGGACGACACCGAGAUACUGGACCUGCUGGCCCACGACGAGCUGUUCAGAAGCGAGGAAACGUACCUGCCGUGGGCGCCGGGCGCGCUGCUGUGGCCGCAGCUGUGCGCGCUGCUGGCGCCGUGGCUGCGCGCGGGCGCGCGGGGCGGCGCGCGCUGGCGGGACGCCGCGCUGGCCGCCGCCGCCGCCGAGCGCUACGCCGCGCACGAGCGCGCCGCGCGGCAGACGCUCGUCGACUACUUCGAGGGUAAAUGGUAUAUCGAAAACGACCCGAAGAUGUCUGGAAGAUUACUGUCACAGGAAAACAAAUUCUCCGAUGAAUGGUACAAUACCAGAAAGUUCGAUGAACUGCCGUUCCAACAUUAUCAUCUGUUAAAGGAGGAUCCAGAAGCUUUCGCUAAUAAACCUUACUUUACAAAACUGGACUGGAUACACGACAAGCUAGCCGCGACCGACUGCGGCCAUUUCCUCGAAGACAUUGCACUAGUCCACAUCGAUCCACUACCAGAACAUCUAGAGAUUCUGAAGGAGGUCUUCGAAACUCAUUCGUAUGCUCUCGAUUAUGACCAUAGACAAUUCUACGGCCUCCUCCGGACAACAUUGGAAAGAAAACAACGAGAUGGCAUAGAUUUUGAUACUGAUAUCGUCCAAAGUUGGAUGAAGGAAGUCUGGGAACCUCCAGUGCCCACAUUUUAUCCAGCUAAUGAAGAUUUUUGGAAAGUUGUCGAAAAUAGGGAAAAAAGGGAUUUUUCGAUGGUUGAAGGUUUCGACAGUAAGUCAUAUGAUUUGAUUGUCAGAUUCGACACGAGAGGGAAGUUUGUUGCGACGGUGUCUACGGAAAGAGAAGAGAUCUGUGUUUGGGACGUCACACGAUGUAAGUUAGUGAGAAAAAUCGUUGGAGUAACACACCCAAUUAACUUAGUGCCGAUAGACGAAUACAAGUGUGUGGUGCUCUGCCGCAGAGAACUCAGGGUUUACGACUUGGAUCAGGGCAAAUACGUCGUGGCCCUGAAAGGUGUGAUGAAUCAAAAGAUGCCGUAUUACGGCCUUCACGACCCGAAGCAUCUGGUCGCGUUGUCACGGAACCGGAUGUACGUCAACCUGAUGAACAUCGAAACUGGUGACUGCGUGACAACAUUCAAGGCUGGGGAAGACCGAUUCCUCAAUUCCCUGCUAGUGUCCGGCGAUGGAAGAAUAUUAGUCUGCGGUGAUGAAACACAGAAGCCAUUCCCACUACUGGUAUGGUCUCUGACCUCAAGGAAGCUGCUGUAUGACCUUCGGAUACCUCAUCAUGAUUUCAUUACCUCCAAAGCAGCUAUUACAUAUGAAGGUUCGUACGUGUGUGUUGUAUCACGUGAGCUCGACGAACCUAGCCCUAACUUCAUCGUCGUGUACGACCUGCAGUCAGGGACGUUGUUCAAGAAGUGGAAACCCGGGUGUGACACCGUGGCUCUCGCAAUCAGCUCUGUGGACGGCUGCGUGGUAUCCGGACUUGCUGAUACGAGAAUCUUGGUCUGGGAUUUAGUUACGGGUAACUGCCGGCUGAGCCUGCGCGGCCACGUGUCGGCGCCCGGCCUGCUGCGCCUGUCGCGCGCGGGCGGCGUGCUGCUGUCGGCCGACCGCGCCGGCCGCGACCUGUCCGUGCGCCUGUGGGACCUGCACGCCGGUAAGCUGAUAGCUGUAUACACACCGCCCGAAAGAAUAACAUCGUGUGAAGUUCUUUUGGGAGGAUCAGUUUUGGCGCUGGCUUUAGAAAAUUACAAGGAUAUCCUCUGUGUGAAAUUGUACGGCCCGACAGUGGAAUCCGUUAAGAACGGUAAAGAAUGUGAGUUCGACGAAACCGGUUACGGGCAUCCGGAACACGAGGGUAAAACGUUCGACGUCCGGGGAAUGGAGUGCACUUGAUCAAGACCAGAUUAUACAUCAAAACUCGUUAGCAAUAAUAUGUGGUUACGUGUAAUAAAUAUAAAAAAUAUUAACAUGUUUCAUGCAACAAACAUUACAUUAAAAUUUUAAUGUACGGUUAUUACAAUUUUAAUGUUGAUAUAUUAAUUAAUUUACAUAAUUGUGUGCUGGUCACACUAACGUUUUCUUUUAAGGGGCAGGCCUCAAAGUUUUUUUAAGUGUAUUUACUAGCGCGUAUGCUGUGAAUGCACAAAGUAAUUGUUUUAAUUUUUAGUCCCUCAUUUUUAAUAUUUUUUCGAAUAAAAAACAAUACACAAAAAUUGCUUAGUCUCUUUGCGCUCGUUGUUAAGUUUUAUAUAAUUGUAAAAACUUUUAGUUUUAUCUUUUAAACUUGAAGACAAAAUAUUUUUCUAAUAAAGACAUUCAUUCAUAAUUAUGUUGACAAAAAAAAUGGCUUUUCUCACGUGUGUCGCUAACUUUAUAACAUUUUAAUGCCGAUAAAUAACUGGUAAUUACAUGGACGAUUCUCAUUAACCAUUAAUGAAUCGUUAUCUAUCAAUAAGAACGUCGUCAAUCACGUGAGGAAAUUAACUUAUUUUAAAUCAACUUGCUCAAUUAUUUUUAUUUGGUUUUGAGGCCUAGAGGGUACAAAAUAAUUAAGUGUUGAUCACUGACCGAUUUUCCUAACCCUGCGUGUUAUGUUUUUUAAAUAGCUGCAUAUAUUAAAUAAUAUUGACACCAUAGCUUACUAGUAAUAAAUAUAUUUCUUUGAUUCAUUAUGUUCAUAUUAUAGUCAGCACGUACAAUACCCUUAAAGAACAGCACAAAAUGAAGAUUUAAAAAAAAUGAGUAGAAGCUUACCAACUCAAAUGACAGAUGUUAAAAAACUGACAACAAGUCAAUUCUAGGUAAGGUUACAAGAUGAAUUUAAAUAAGUCCAUAAAGAGUGACUUAUUGACUUGCUAAUUAACGUUUUAAUUAUACGAGUUAACAGAACAACACGCAGGGACUAUUAGGAUUUUUACUGCCACAUUAAAAUGUAAGAAAAGUAAUAUAACUAACCAGAAUUGGAAUAUUUGCGCCCAACUAAGUUAUCAAUACUAAGUAAUUAAAUAAAAAAAAACAUUAAUGUUUUUGAUCUAUUACGCUUAUUAAUUAAAUUAUAAUAAUAACUAUUAAUUGUAUUUAGUGAAUUCUCUGUAACGUUUAAUAGAAUUAAAUACGAUAAAUUAUAAGCGAUGGAGAUGUACGUCAUUCAUUAUUGCAUUAAUUUAUUCGCUAUGGUUCGGACACACUAGCUUAAUCUCCAUACGUAAUAUCAUGCAAAAUAACUGACGUCGAUAUUCCUAGCUAUUAACAGCUGGUCUGUCCGAAGCUUAACACUUAUCCAUUUCAUACCUUAGAUUUUUUAUCUGUAUUCUUAGUGUUACAAUAUUAAUAAAAAUCCAGUCAAAUGUUUCAAAUUAAAAUAUAUCCCUAAUUUUAUUAUUAUACAAUUAAUCAUAAUUACGCUAAAUUUUAUUGAAACUUUAUUAAAUGUGUAUGUGUGUCACUAUUUAUACUUAAUUUUCAUAUUUAAAUAAAUAGGAGACCAGGUUACUCUUGACUUUGUUUCUCGAAAUUUAAUAUUAAAAAGUUUUCACUUACCUUGUAUUGUCUAAUAACUAUUUUUUUUAUAAAAUGUAUUUAACUUAUACGACAAGUCUAAUUUGUUUAGAUAGUUGAUUUAAUGAAUUAAAACUUAAUAUCGUUAUAAAAAAAAUACGUUUUAAUUAUGUACAUUUUGACUAAGAAAGUCGGGGUUAAUUUAAAAACAAAUAUAGUACUGCAGAACCAUUUACAGUAUCGAAAAAGGUAAAUGUAUUAAUUUCCCAGAAGCUGGUGGCCAUAACAGCCUUGUUUUAUAUUUUGCUACGCUUUGUGAACAAAGUACAAAAAUAAUUGAUGACUUUGAUUUUUAGGUUCUGCAAGUUUGCUGAAUGUCGCGUGAACAGAACAUGCACAAAUAAUUUAACUAUAAUUUAUACUAGUAGUAGAGGUAACGAGGACUCUCCUUGUAAAGAAAGUGUCCCUAAAGUCGAGUUAAAAAUUUAAAAUGGCGUAAUAGUAUUACAGUAGAACAAAACAAACGGAGGAAAUGCAUAUGUAUAUACGGAGAAAUAUAAACAUCAACCAUGUCUUGUUAGAAUGAAAAUUGUUUAUUGAUUAACUGUUUAUCAAAAACCAAUUCAUACAAAGAGUAAGUUUUUAUAAAAUUUAUUUUAUUGGUAAAUCGACAAAUUUUGAUCGUAUCGUUUACUAGCGCCAUUACAUUCAUAUACAGAACUAUUAUACUACACAUAUGUGGACACUUUUACGAGCAAUGAUGACCUUUAAAGUUACCUCAACCCUUCAUUAUUUAGACGAUUGUGAUUUUUUAUUGCCUCACUCUCGCUGCCAUAUUAACAUAUUUUAAAUAACUUUUAGUCUUAUUAUACGUUGUUAAAUAUUAACUUUAUGAUUAUAUUUUAUUUUUAACACAAAUAUAUUCGUGAAAACUCUUUCCUCCUGUAUCAAGACCAAUCAUAGAUAUUUUUUUUUGAAUAAUAUAGCAUUUUCCUAGUUACCUUUACAAUUAUUUAUAAUUAAAUAUAACGAUUAAAUCAAUUCGAACGUGUCAUUUAAACGUGAAUUAUUCUUUCUUCCAAAUUUUUAAAUUGAAAAUUGAUGUGUGUGUAUUUUUUAUUAUAAUUUUAAGAUCGCACAGCCUAUUCCUUCAUAAUUUUUUAUCUAGAAUAUAAGUUUUAGUAUACCCAACAGGCUGGUCCCUGUCUUGAUAUUCUAUGAUUAAGUAUCCUAAUGUUUUAUCGUAAAAAUAUAUUAAACACUAAUUUAAUUGUAAAUCAAUGCGAUGAAGAUAUAAUCAAUUGAAUUGUUAAAUUAUUUAUGUAUUCUGGAAUGAUACGUAUAUAUUGAUGUCCUGAUUAAAUUAUCGUAACAUUA